UUCACUAGGACCCAUGGGUAUAAUGAACUUCCUUAGAAGUAAUAAAUGCACCGUGACUGUCUUGACACCCCAAAACGCCCCUGCCAAAUACCCAGCGCCAGACGAACAAAUUUGGCAACGCUUGGCCAUCAGUAACGAUUCAAAAUUUUCCGGAAAAACUUCAGCAGGAGCAAAGUUAAAAUCGGAUCAUUUGACAAGCUCUGAAGACAUGAAAGACAACGAUCACGAAAAAGACAACGAUCACGACUGCAUUAUCAACAUUUAUGCAAAGACUGCGCACCGUCCUGUGCAUUGGAUCAGCAGCCAGGCACUGUUUCAUAGUGAUAAGGCCUUGUUAGGACCGCAAGAUAUGAUAUUCCCAGGCAGCUUCACCCUGGAGUUGUACAGCGCCUUCACUAAAUUUCUUCCAAUAGAAGAAGGCAGCGUAAUGGAUAUCAUUGCAGCAAAAAUGUGUCCUCAAACACACACCACGUGCCCCAAUCUUCUGUGUAACUAAAAUUGGAUUUUCGUUCAGAAAAUUAUUUAUCAAAUUAAA